AUGAUGAAACUAAUUUUUAUUCUGUGUUUUCUUGUUGUGGCACUGAUAGCCGAUGAAAGUGGAAAUAUGAUCAAUGCUAGAGAUGGUGACGGUCUCUCAACACCCGUCGAAACAGACUUGAGUACCACUGCUUUGGAAGAGCAAAAAACCGAUUCACUCAAUGUCUCAACUGAAUCUGCUCAAAACACUGAUGCUCAAGCUGGCGUGGAAAACGGUGGUAGUGUACACAACGAUACGGACAAGGAAGAACCAAAAAAUGAUGACGACCGCAAGGAAGAACCGAAGCCUGACGAAGAUAGCAGCGAAGAGGAGCCAAAAAAUGAUGAUGACGGUAACGAAGAAUCAAAGAAUGACGACGACCGCAAGGAGGAACCGAAGCCUGACGAAGAUAGCAGCGAAGAGGAGUCAAAGAGUGAUGAUGGUGAUGAACGAUCCAAAGAUGAUGAUCGUAAGCGAGAACCAGAGGGCAAUGGUGAAGAUUGCAGGGGAAAAUCAAGUGAUGACCGUGAUCAAAAGGGAGAAGUCUUGGAGAUUCAACAAAUCGCGGAAGUAGCUGAUCUACUCGAAACUGAAGAGAGUAACGAAAACGCUGCUGAAGAACAAACGGACUAA